UUUGUACAAAAUAAUCAGUGCCAGUGCUGAAACUGGAGCAGAAGAAAAUAAACAUUGUGCAUCUUCCUCUUCUCUCUCUCUCUCUCUCUCUAUACCUUUGAGCUUCCUCCAUCACUUCCAUGCUCGUCUAGGGUUUCUCUCUGUCUCACUUUGUGCUUCAUCUUAAUUGCUUUUUUUUUUUUCCUGUGCUGUGGAUUCCAUCCUUGAAGCGCCCUUGCCGUCAAUGUGCUCCCGUUUCUUCGACUUGGAUUGCUUGCAGGGUUUCAAUGUCACGUAGCUGGUAAAAAUGUGGAUAUACCACUCAGACUACAAGGAACACAUAUCAAAUUGAUUUAUUGAAAGAAUGGUUUGGACUCUGAAUGGGUUUCCUUGAGUUGUGAGUAUAUUGCAUCUGAUACACUCCGUGUGAAAUAAAGUAGAACGGGCUUUUGCAUUGACAGUUAAACAGUUUGUUACUUCUACCAAGAUACCACCCCAAAUUGAGUGGUUCAAUUUAUCUCUAAUGGGUUCAUUCUCUGGCACUUGUGAAAUUGUUGAAGCAAGGGAAGACCUAAAUAGAGAGAAAGAUGCAGGGAUAUAUCAGUCCAAUUCUGGAUCUAACAUGACUGGGAAAAAUGAGAGACUUUCUGUACUGAAACUGGGACACAAGGAUAAUCUUGAUGAAGAUAUUAAUAAGCUGUUUGAAUCAAUUACUCUUAAAUCUUCAUCAAGGGAUUUGAGUUUCUUACAAGAUGGUACAAGCCCUAAGAUGAAAAGUGCAUUGAAAAAGCCAAUCACAGUGGGUGUUUCUCGUUCCCCACGAGUUGGAACUUCUGAGCCUGUGACUUUGAAGCAGGCAUUAAGAGACCUAUGUAUAUCUAAGGCAUCAGAAAUGGCAGCAAUGAAAAGAUUAUCAAAGUCAACUGCUUCUCCGAGAAUAUCUGAGGUUGGGAAGAUACAGACAUUGUACAAUUCAGUUGUAGCUGAGGGUAGAAGAUCUGGACCUUCUAAUGUUGAGAGGAAGGAGAGUACGAUUGAAAUAUCUCUAGUGCCAGAAGAAAGCACAUCACUUUCCUUGGAUAGAAUUUCCCACUCUCAUCAAACUACUAAAAGCACAUCACUGAGCCAAAAUAUUCAAUCUUCCAAAAUUGCUGUUGGAACUACACAAAAUGAUUCUGGGGCUUCAUUGAUGCAAAGUGACUUGGCUUGUUUGUCAAGUAAAGUUGGGGUUCCAUCACAGCCAUUGGAGCCUGCUCAAAUAGAAAAACAAACAUCUACAUCUUCUCCAUCUAGUUGUAAGGCCAAUGGAAGUAAAUUAGAGUUUCCUGAACCAGCAAUUGAUUCUUCCACUAAAAAAUCAGCAAAUAAAGCAUCUGUGUCAAAGAAUGGACGGAAAGGUAGGUUACAAACAGUAUCUUCCUCAUCUACUUCAGUGAAUGGCAAUAGAGUGUGCAAACUGUCACGCAAUUCCCCCCGUACAGUCAAAUCAGUUAUCAAGAACAAGAAUUUGGGUAAGAAGAAACCAAAGCAGGAUUCAGUUUCUGCUUUUUUUGAUCCUACAUCCAAUGAAGUAAAUAGCAAGUCAGUUCCUGAUACAACUCAACUUGUUUGUGAGAGAUGUUGGUGUGCCAUAGAAAACAACAAAGGUAUUACACCGUUGGACUCUAUUAGUCCUGGGGAAGGAAUAAACUUGAGUAAUGUGCACUCUGGCUCAGCUUCAGCUGACUGUAAUAGCAGCAGAGUAGUUAGAAAAGUGAAAAAGAACACUAUAUUGAAAGAGCAAAUUGAAUUGUCACAAAGUUCAAAGAGUAGCCAAGGUGACUACAGUAGUAGUACAAGUACGAGUGAUGAGAGUAAUGUCAGUGGGUCUAGUUGUGGCAAUAGGCCUCACAUGUCAAAGGAUUUUAGAUGGGAAGCCAUACGACAUGCUCAAAUGCAGCAUGGAGUCUUGGGCUUGAGACACUUCAAUCUUUUGAGGAAGCUAGGUUGUGGAGACAUUGGGACUGUAUAUCUUGCUGAACUAAUUGGCAAAAAUUGUUUGUUUGCUAUUAAGGUGAUGGACAACGAAUUUUUGGCAAGAAGGAAGAAGAUGCCCAGAGCUCAAACUGAAAGAGAAAUAUUAAGGAUGCUGGAUCAUCCUUUUCUUCCAACACUAUAUGCACAGUUUACAUCAGAUAAUUUGUCAUGUCUGGUUAUGGAGUAUUGUCCAGGUGGUGAUCUGCAUGUUCUACGGCAGAAACAACUUGGCAGAAGUUUUUCAGAGGCAGCAGCAAGGUUUUAUGUUGCUGAAGUCCUUCUUGCUUUGGAGUACUUGCACAUGCUUGGAGUGGUUUACCGUGAUUUAAAACCUGAAAACAUUCUUGUUCGAGAAGAUGGCCACAUUAUGCUUACAGAUUUUGACCUGUCUCUGAGGUGUGAUGUUAGCCCAACGCUUCUGAAAUCAUCUUCCGAUGUGGAUCCUGCUAAGAUUUCUGGUCCUUGUGCACAAUCGAGUUGCAUUGAACCAUUCUGCAUUGAACCAUCCUGUCAAGUUCCAUGUUUCAGCCCUAGAUUCUUACCUCCUGCUGCAAGAACAAGGAAACUAAAAGCUGAUCUUGCUACUCAGAUCAGAUCGUUGCCACAGCUUGUGGCUGAGCCCACGGAUGCAAGAUCAAAUUCAUUUGUUGGUACUCAUGAAUACUUGGCGCCUGAGAUCAUCAAAGGUGAGGGACAUGGAGCUGCAGUUGACUGGUGGACAUUUGGUGUUUUUCUUUAUGAGCUUUUAUAUGGUAGAACACCCUUUAAAGGUUCUAAUAAUGAAGAAACACUAGCCAACGUGGUGUUGCAAAGUUUCAGAUUCCCGGACACCCCAUUCGUCAGUUUCCAAGCAAGGGAUCUUAUUCGAGGGUUGUUGGUUAAAGAACCUGAAAACCGGUUGGGUUCAGAGAAAGGAGCUGCAGAGAUAAAACAGCAUCCCUUCUUCGAGGGCCUUAAUUGGGCCUUGAUCCGUUGUGCUAUCCCACCAGAACUUCCAGACUUUGAGUUUGGAUUUUCAGAAAUGACGUCGCAGUCACAGGGACAAGGCAGUAAAUAUUUGGGCUGUAGUGCAACAGGAGAGCAAGUGGAAUUUGAGUUGUUUUAAAGAGUGCUCUUUGGUAAGAGUUGCAUUCUUGUUACGUGUUCCCUUGUUUUCGGCUCCAUGCUUCACCGGGUCGAGCUGCAACAACUAUGUAAGCCUAUGUUGUAAAUUAGUUUCGAUUAUAACACGGUAAAAUGUGCCUUCUGUGGUAUAAAAAGUUCAGGUUACACGGUAACUUGAUAAGUCGCAAUUUAAAAGAAAAUGAAUUUAAGUAAAUUUGUAGUGUACCGUAAACUCAACUCAUAAAUUUGUAAAAGUUUACUUCCUGAAAAAAAUAUU